AUCAAGAGUUCCGUGCAGAAGAAGAUGUGCAGUUUGACCACGCAACAUUUUUUUAUUGAACCAAGAUUAGAUUUAUGGAUGUGACUACGAUGCUCAAUUACAAAAAGGACACGAACCACCACCAUCAGAGUGUUCAUCUCCGCUCUUGUUAACACAGAAGUUCCUAAAAUGAUGGGGAUGCUUUUCAUUUCCUUUCUUUCUGUUGGCUUGAUUUUCUGUACCUGCAUCUGUAUCCGAUACCCCCUUUUCAUCGCCAUGUUUUUCGUAGAGAAGCUACGGAAGAAUGGUAAUGGGUAUCCACCAGCAGUAGGCACCUUGAUCGACGAGAUCAGGCAUUACAACCGGCUGUACGACUACCACACAGAGCUCUCCAGCAAGCUCAAAACUUACAGAAUACUCUAUCCUUUGUUCUCAAACAUCUACACAAGCGAUCCGACAAACAUCGAGCAUAUCCUCAAGAGCAAGUUCUCCACUUACCCGAAGGGAGAGGAAAGCUAUCAAAUCCUAAAAGAUUUUCUUGGUGAUGGGAUUUUUAAUGUUGAUGGUGAUCCUUGGAGAUAUCAAAGGAAGCUAGCAAGUUAUGAAUUUUCAAGGAGAGCAGUUAUGGACUUCAGCAGCAGCGUCUUUCGCUCGAAAGCAGCUGAAUUGGCUCAACAUCUUUCCGUGGUUGCGAGCACGCACAUGGCAAUUGAUAUGCAAGAUCUCCUAAUGCGUACCACCCUGGAGACAAUGUUCAUAAUUGGAUUUGGAGUGGAACCCAGUGGCUUGAUCGGAUCAACUGAAAAAUGGCAGGCAUUUGCAGGUGCAUUCAAUGAUGCCAAUGCUUUCGUCACUAAGCGUUACGCUGAUGUCAUGUGGAAGCUGAAAAGAUUUCUUAACAUCGGAUCCGAAGCUGCUCUCAAGAAGCAUGUCAAACUGAUUGAUGAUCUAGUUUUCAAACUCAUACUUCACAAGAGGGAGCACCAAGGAUCCCCUCUGGAUUCAGAGGGUAAGAAAGAUGACAUCCUAUCAAGGUUCCUGGCAGCAAGCGAGAAGGACCCAGAGCGUAUCACAGACAGGUUUUUGCGCGAUACUAUUUUGAGCUUCAUGCUGGCAGGCAGAGACACCACCUCGGUGACCCUUUCCUGGUUUCUGUACAUGAUCUGCAAGCACCCCUCUGUAGAGCGCAAGAUCCUUAAGGAGAUCAACGACGCAGUGAGCAAUGAAGAUGGUUCGAUAGAAAAUUUUUCUGAAAGUUUAAAUAACACAGCUUUGAAUAGGAUGCAUUACCUGCACGCAGCUCUAGCUGAGACUCUGCGGUUGUACCCUGCAGUUCCAUUGGAUGGAAAAGAAUGUACUGAAGAUGGCACUCUACCAGAUGGCUUUAAAGUGAGAAAAGGAGAUAUUGUCAAUUACCCAAUCUAUGCAAUGGGUAGGAUGACAUAUCUUUGGGGUAAUAAUGCGGAUCUGUUCCAGCCUGAAAGAUGGAUAGAGGAUGGAAUUUUCAGGCCGGAGUCUCCCUUCAAAUUCACAGCUUUUCAGGCAGGACCUCGCAUAUGUCUAGGCAAGGAAUUUGCUUACCAACAGAUGAAGAUAAUUGCUGCAACCCUGCUCUAUUUUUACAAGUUCAAAUUGGAGGAUGAGCAACAAGAAGUAAGAUACAGAACCAUGCUUACCCUCCACAUUGAUCAAGGCCUAAGCCUUCAUGUCUUUCCAAGAAAAUAGAAGCACAGAAGAGCCGCUUCUUCAUCCAACUGGUCAAUAUGCUACUUUUGUUCUACUGAUGCAGCUUAGUAGAAUGUAGCCUUUAAUGUAAAUUUUAUCAACAAAAUUGGAAAAAUGGGUUUUAUUGUGCUGA